AUGUUAUCAGGAGUUUGUGAAAUACUGGUGGCGGGACCUAUUACUGAUACACAUAGCAGAAUGCAAAACAAAACGAGCAUGUCUACUCCCAGCGCGACGAUCAGAGGUGUGCUGUUACUGAUGGUAGUGGUGUGCCUUGUCGAGUGUACCACAGAACAGAGAAUUAACAAUAGAGGUAGCAAGGCAUCGAACCUUAUACAGAAAGUGAAUGGAUGGCGAAGCCAGCGCGGAGGAUCUUGCUUAAGUUACGGACAUUCUUGUUGGGGAGCGCACGGUAAGCGAUCUGGCAAACCACCCGCGUCUGCCCCAGACUGGUACAUCACUAGGAUCCUGCGUCGUGUGGCAGCCAACAAUGAAAUGAACCGCAUUCAGCAGAACGAGGACGACCUCUAUCGAGUGGAUGAUUCACCUUCAUCUAAAUUCAUGGAAUCAGAAGAAAUGCCCUUGGACCUCGGAGCAAGAGGAGAAGCAAAACCGAUGAUAGACGACGACUUGCUCUCCAAGAUGAAAAUUUGGGAAAUUAUGAAAGCAGCCUCACAAGAGAAG